UGUGAGACGCGUGUGCACUUAUUCACGGCUUUCUUCGUUGCCUGAAGCGCGGUUUUCAAGAAUCAGUGAUGCCUAGCAUAGCAUGGACCGCAUGGUGGUUGUUGGUGAAGCUCUCAUGGUUGCCGUGGUGGGGCUGAGGCAACUGCACGAGCUCAUAGGCCGAUGGGUCCCGAUACGUCUGCCUUGUUGACACCACCACAGGCUCUCCUCUCCCACUUAACACUGUCUUUUCCUUGCCUGGACUGAUAGAUAUUCGCGCCUUUCUCCAUCACCCGCCGUGUUCGCCUUCUCCCGUCCUGCUACAGCUCCCCUUAAUCGACUCGCUAUGGCGCCUCCAGGUGCCUCUCUGCUGACCAAACUCAAGGUCCAGCUGAAGCUCGCCAUCGCGCGCCUGCGCAUGGUGCAGCAGCGCGAUGAGCAGCUUGGAAAGGUGCAGCGAAGGGCAAUGGCCCAGCUCCUCGAGGCCGAAAAGAUCGACUCGGCGCGCAUCCGCGUCGAGAACAUCAUCCGAUCCGACAUCACCACCGAGCUCCACGAGAUUCUCGAGCUGUAUUGCGAGCUGCUGCUUGCGCGCGCUGGCCUGAUGGAGGGUUCUGUCUGUGACCCGGGCCUCGAGGAGGCCAUCAAGAGUCUCAUUUUCGCUGCGCCCAAGACGGAGAUCAAGGAGCUGGCUACGGUGCGGGGGCUGUUGGUGGAGAAGUAUGGCAAGGAGUUUGUGCUUGCGGCCAUGGAGAACUCUGACGGAAAGGUCAACCCCAAGGUGGUAAAGAAGCUGGGCGUGGAACCGCCGCGGGAAGAGCUGGUCGUUGGAUAUCUAGAGGAAAUUGCCAAGGCGUACGGCGUGGACUGGCCCAAGCGGGAGGUGGUCACACCGCCACCAGACCUCCUGGAUGAUGACGAUCUUGGCGGCGACGGCGACGACGAUGACGCAGGCGGCAAGGAGCAGAAGGUUCUUGUUGAUCCCCUACGAACCGACGACAUCAAGCCGAUGAGCACGCCGCUCAAGAGGCUCGGACCCCCAACGAGUCCCUUGACAGUGACGCCACCCCGGAUGACGACCGAUAACGUGCAUCCCAAGGUGACACUGGGGUCGGUAGAGCUGAAGCCGAACAAGAAGAUGGAAGCUGCAGCGAAGAAGAAGGGCCCCGACGGAGAGGUGCCAGACAUCAAGGACUUGGAGGCGAGGUUUGCGGCUUUGAAGAAGAGGUAGGGAAGCUGAGAGGGGCAUGAAGAGGGUUUGAAGCGCUGGGCAUGUUUUGUAUGACGCAUGGAGUUAUGUGGGUUCUUUGAAAUUCAUUAAACUUGUUUCUUGACACGAGUUGGAUGCUUAAUGUGAGCUAUCAUGACCUGGUGCAGUGGGGAAUGGGCACAUUGUUGGUGGCAAUGGCAAGCCAAAUGUGCACCUUUGGGGGCUGCUAUUUAACAUGGAGGAGGAUGAAGGCGUUGAGCGAGAUCGGACUUCACGGCUGAACUGUUGUCUGCCUAGAAGCAAGCCGAGUCUAAUACAGGUGCGCACUUGCCGUAUUGUAACCACCUGCUUGCAUUGUUCUCGGCAUCCUUUCACUC